AUGUUCCCAAGAAGUGAACGGUUUGUCGAAAAGGCACGACCCAACCACUACGACGUCAAGAACGGCGAAGACGACCCCUACAAACGGUUCGGGUUCCUGGGCAAAACUAAACGUUUCCAAGACCAACAUAGACGCCAACAACAACUGCAACAGCAAGGACUCAGCAACUCUUCUGGAGGACCCUAUGAACGCAACUCGUUAUCGCUAUCAUUGCCUUCAUUGGUGAUUGACGACGAUGGGACGGACACGGCAUCGGUUAACUCGAAUGGAUCGACAACCCCAGAUUAUACCCGUCGGCCAACGAAUCUCGCAGGAUUGACCGAACGAUUCGAGAAAUAUAGGAUCUCACACCAAAAGGACCUGGAUGUGAUGGCCGAGAAGCAGAAAAGAGGCGAGGCUAUGUACCAAGGCGCCAUCAAGGACAAGAAUGCCAUCAUGACCCAGCUUGCCUCCAAGGAAUCGGAAAUUGCGGACCUCAGCGUGCGGCACAAUAUCCUCAGAGCCAGUCUCGACAAGUCAGAAAAGGCAGCAGCGGUAGUCAACGACAAAAUCGGGAAAUCUGUCCUGCUCCAGAAACGUAUCGACGAGCUUGAGAAGCUUCUCAACCGGACAAAACUCUCCCUCGAGGAACAGCAAUCCACCAGCAUCGCCCAACGUGAGAAACUCACACAGGAGAACCAGCAGCUCUCAGAGCAGCUCGGAAAGCAGAAAGAAGUCUCGGAGCAGACUUUGGAACAGGCUCGGGAGGAACAGAGAGUGGAGCGAGAGAGGUAUGAGGCGGAUGUGAGACGGGCCAAGGAUGAUUCGGAGUAUUGGAAGCGCAAGUAUGAGGAUCUGGAGAGGCGAGUGAGGGAGUUGGAGGAGGAGCUUGAGAGGGAGAGGAAGCUCGUGGAGGAAUUGCGGGCAAAGAUGAGGCAGGAGCGGGAGCAGUUGCAGGCUCAGAUCGAUGCAGCUGAGGAGAAGGUCCAGACGCUGGAGAACAGCCAAAGAGAACUCAAGGCUGCUAACAAGGAGACCACAGACCGACUUCAGCGGGAGAAGAAGCAGCUCGAUGAGCAGUUGGAGGCUUCGAGGAUGGAGUUUAAGCAGCUGGAGGAUAAGCACCAGGCGACCGAGCGUGAGCUGGAGGAACAGACCGUCCAGCGUGCUAAGGCCGUCGAGGCCAUGGAACUCCAGCACCAGGAACACCAGACCCGUCUCACCAAGGAGCGUCAGGACCAUGCCAAGGCCCGCCAAGAACUCGAGCAGUCAAUCGCUCAUCUGAUCUCGGAACUUUGUCAGAAUAGGGAUGCGCUAUUGAGGGUCCAGAAGGAACGCACCACCUUGCAAGAGAAGUACGAUGACAGCCAGUUGGAGAUCCAAGCCAUCUCGGGAGCCAUGAAGACCCUCGAGGAACAGCAUCAGGAGUUGAAGGAAACUUCUCGACAGACCCAGGAGGAGCUGACUGCCAAGCACAAUGACUUUUCGGAAGAGACUGCCCAGCAAAAGAAGGAGUCAGAUGCCCAGAUCACAGAGCUCAAAACGACGCUGGAGAAGAAGCAGGAGGAGUAUACUAAGGUCAUGAAGAGUAUCGAGUCUGUUCAAGCCGAAUUGAAGAGCGUCGAGUCUGAACGUGAGGAGGCCAUUGCCCAACGUCUGGAGGAGGAGCGGCAGUCACGAGAGAAGCAGGAGCGUUUGGAUACCCUGGAGCAGGAGAAUCAGUUGGCGACAGUGCAGUUGACAGAGAUGAGCGAGAGUAACUGUAUGAUGAAGCAGGAGUGCGAUCGACUGAUCGACCUGACAGAGACCCACGAGAAAGAGAUCGUUGACUUGCAGGUCAACUUUGACAAAGCGAGCGCUGAGAACAAGGAGCGAGAGGCUCAGCAGCAGAAGCGGAUCCAGGAACUCGAGGAUGUCUCUCUGGCAGCUGCCAAGCAAGCUGAGGUCUUUCGCAGGAACGAGGAGGUCUGGGAGUCAGAGAGGAUCAAACUGACGGAGAAUACCACGGGUCAGAUGUCGACGAUUGCAACCCUGGAGUCGCGCUUGGACAUCAUCACGUCAGAGAAGGAGGCCGAGGCCAAGGCGAGUGCACAGAACAUCCGGGAUCUGGAGAUGCGGUGUCAGCUGAUGGAAGCCGCAUUCAGGGACCUGUUCGAAAAGUCUGGUUCGACACAGGAGAUCGAAGGGUCUGACGAAGCGACAUCCGACACUGUCUGGAAACAGCAUUCAGAAGCCAUCCUCAACGUCCUCCUCCACCAUACCACCACCUGCUCCAUCAGCAAGACCGAACACGCCGCUCUCCUCGAAGAAAAAGCAUCCCUCGAAUCCUCUUCCCUUGCCCUCAGCGCCCUUCUGGCCAACCAAGAUGCCUCUGUCACCAAGUCCCACACCGAUCACUCUGGCCUGCUCGCAAAGAUCGCCGAACUCGAGGACCAAAUCCUCCGUCUCAACAUGCAAGUCGAGUUCCUGGAGGCCGAAAACAUUGGAAAAGUCGCCAUCAUCAAGGCCCUCCAGGACGAAUACGAGUACCAGGAACGCGUCAUUCGUGACCUGUCGAAACACGAUGACGCCGUCAAGGAAGUCGCCCGCCUUGAAGAAGAACUCCGAACAUUGACGAACCAUACCCGCGAUACGGACGAGUGGGUCAAGCAGGUGCAGGCGGAUGUCGAGAAAUACAGGGAAGCGUAUGUCAAGGCGGAUAUUGCGCGGGAAGAGACGUUGUUGGAUAUGAAGAAGCUGCAUGAGGAACUGGCCGAGUCCGAAGCUGCGCGCUUGCAGGUCGAGAACCAGCUUCAGGCCGAUGUCAGUGUUCUUAUCAAGAAGAAUGGACUUUCUAAUGAUGAGCUCUCCCGUCUGUCAAAGAUGAACGUCGACUCUGCCCAGAACCUCUCCCUCAAGCAAAAGGUCAGGCAGGUGGCGCAACUCAAGGAAGAGAACUUGGCGCUCAAGAAGAAGAACCUCGCCCUCUCCAACACCCGCGACACCCUCCGCCUCAAAUCCCUCCAAACCGAACGCGACCUCGAAGCUUACAAGGCUGCCGUCGCCAAUGGAACCCUCAGCUCAUUCACACCCACACAUACACAUACACAUACACAUACACCUAGUGUCAACACCAACACUAACAACCAUCGCCAAUCGACGGCCAGUUCCGUAUCCGGCGCCUCUACCAUCUCAUCCGCCACUUCUUCAGCAGGUGACGUAUCACCAAACGGAAAGUUGCAAUUGCAGGCCUUGACUGCCGCUGUUUCUGACGUCGCCGUGUCUUCUACUCCUGCGCCGUCGGUGGCUUUGUUGGCAUCUCCGAUGAUGCGUCCACGUUCGACAUCCACAACUUCUGUCCGAUCUGCGAACGGUGGCAGUUCCUCGUCCAAGCUUUUUAGCAGCACUGCUUCCUCCUCUCCUUCUACCGCGAGUGGUGGUGCUAAGCCUAUCAGCAAUAAGGGACCGAUCCGAUCUCGGGCUGCGCGUAGUUUCAUGGCGGGCCAUGCCUCUACCGGCAGCUCUUAA